AUGACUGAGCCCGGCACUCCAGCACCAGAUCUCGCCGCGCUCUUUGAUGAAGCCCGUCGAAUACAAGAGUGGGUCAAGUCUCGACGCGAUGAGAUGCAGAAGUGGCUUGAUGUUAUUGAGGCAUUCACUGAAGAGCAGAAAAGUGAGCCAAAACCGAACACGCGACGCCCUCGUGGCAAAGCUCGAAGACCGCCGCCAUGGAUCUCUAACAUUGCCUCUGUCGUCAAAGAUAUCAAGGAGGAGAGGUAUAUGCUCGAGGCUUUUGGGGACCGCCUCAUCACCACCUUGUCACGAGCGUCACAAGAGCCGCCUCGCACCAGGCAAGACGGCAGUGCAGUCGCGCAUGAUGCCUUGGGUCAAGGACGGAGGGAUCCAGGGCGAGAAGAAGUACGGCAAGGCGGGACGCCAGCUGAUACUGCUGAGGGCGGAUCCCAUGAGCAGGCAGUUCUAGCAAGCACCGAGAGUCGCGCCGCAUCCAAACCGAGCACGCAGAUUAUCGCAGCCACCAACCCAGAGGCUAUCAGCGACGCAGCCCAGCAACAGGAUAGCAGCACAGCGAAACAAGACGGCAACGCAGCCGCGCAGGGCGCCUCAACUCAUCAACGCCGCGACGCGAAGGACCAGGCCCCAGCAAACGCCCACGGCGACAACUCGGCCACCAGCAUUGAGGCCAGCAGAGAUACAUCAAGCGAUGGCUCUAACGAAGAUACACCCAUGCGAGACUACGAUGAGGUGCAACCAUCACCACCUGGAAGCACGGCCACAGCAGACACGCUCAUGACAGACGCCGAGCAACCGACGUGUGGACAAGACCUGGCCAAGCGCGCUGCCGAGGCUACAACGGUCAUGUCACCGCAGGCUCACGAGGGUGAAGGUGGCCCCGAACCCAUCGUCGCCAAUGACCAAGCAGCAGAAUCUCUAGGCCCAGAGGACAGGACGGGUCGGCCAUCUAAACCCGAUGGCCACACGGCCACGCCGCUCCCAGCCGCACAGGACCCGGCCAGCCGAUGCGCUUCCCCCAACGACUCUGCCAGUAACCGUGAGGACACAGCCAGCGCACAGACUAGCACACCAACUCCUUCUAGCGGCACCACACCUCAAGAUAGAACCACGCAGCCGCCAGCGACGCCAAACCCAUCGAGCCAAGAUGGUGACGCGCAUCUCAAUGUGCAAGACAAAUCUCACGGCACGACACCUCAAGGCAGCGACACGACCGAGGACACAUCCCGCGCCACCACCCCGGAUACACACCUCACGUCGCCAGACACCUCAGUGUCAGACUCGCCGCCCCAAUUGACUUUAUCGAAAGCCGAUAUGGGAGAAAGACUGGUCGAAGCGCUCGGGAGGAUUAUCAACCGGGACGACACUAUGCACAAGAUUUCGGUUCCCAACCUGCCCAUCGACCUAGAUUUAAUCAAAGCCGCGGUAAAAGCCGAGUUAAGUGCGCCAAACCCCGACUGGCAAUUCACCGCCAAUAGAUUCGUGCCCGGGCCAAAAGGCGAGGGCUACAUGCGUGCCUAUAUCUCGAAACGUCGAUCCCACUUCGCAUUCCCGGACUUUCCAGACAAGGUGGUGAUACCGACCAAGGAGGAGGCCAGGAAGUGGCUUGACGACUACUUUGAUAACCCUCCAGAGGGCAUUGUUCCAUACUUUACCGGCCAUCUAGAUCUUCCAUACGGGGAUCUGCUAAAUCCAGGAGCAACGAUACUAGACAACCGGAAACUCCUCGACCUGCACCGCCCAUACUGGCACAUUGGCGGAGAUAAAUCCGCGAACCGGUUCCAUAUCGAAGACUAUAAUUGCUCUGAGGACGAAUCGCCCUGCGGCCUGCGUUCUGCCAACCUGGUGCUGGAGGGAGUCAAACUCUGGACUGCCAUUGAGACGCAUCACACAAAGAAAUUUGAGGCCUUUGUCGCCAAGAACUGGGACUGCAAUGGGUGCAGUCAACGUGUCGGACAUCAGUCUCUGUUGAUAUCCCCUUUGACACUUGAGAGAGAAGGUAUCGAUUUUGAGAUCAAGGUUCAAGGGCCUGGCGACCUCAUGAUCCCUGGGCGCAGCCAGUAUCAUAUGGUCGUCAACAUGGGCUUCAACAUCGCCAUGUCCAUGAACCACUUACAGCGUGGAGAUCGCCUCAAAUCUACGGCGUUGCGCCAGUGCGUCAAGUGUGGCGUACUGGACGAUACUGUCACUCGCGUCCCACCGCCCAAGUCAUCAAAAGCUAUUCAAACGCCUCCGCCAAUUCCAGACACACCGCCCGGGCAGUCAGAAGCCGGAUCGCCUUUGGUGUCAAGUCGAGACCCACCGCCCAAGUCAUCAGAAUCUAUUCGAAGGCCUCUACCAUCAAUUCUAGACCCACCGCCCGAGCAGUCAGAAGCUCAAACACUUCUAGGCAAAAGGCCUAGGGCCGAUCACCAGGGAACCCAGACCUCGGGUAGGGGAAAACGUGCAUGCACAGCGGCCAGAAGGAAGUUAAAUGCACUGAAGGAAAAGAUCAGGAAGUGGGAUCCUGACUGCCGCAUUCCCCAGGUACCCGGGGAUUCAGAUUCAGCUCCACCAGAAGACGCCUUCAAGGCCGCAGCUUCAGUUCAAAGUUCACUGGCAGUAAGGCAAUUUACUCUCCUGGUGGGUGAAUGGAGACGUCGCGAUAAAGACGUGUUUCUUUCAAGUGGUACAGGACACACGGUGCUGCAGCAUGGCAAACGUUUAGUCGAUCUUGUUGGCAAGUCAUCUCUCGCCGAUUUCCUGUAUCGCCAUGCUCAAGCCUGCGUCGCUCGACAACUUGAUCUACAAGUGAAGAAGCGUGGCAGUAUGCGACGAAGCAAAGAGGACACCGAGCAGCUCGCUCAGCAGUUGGGGAUGAAGAUAGAAGAGCUGAAGGCCCAUUUAGAGGAAGGACGGAUAUGGAACUCAAUAUGUGGCCCUGAAGAUGAUGGGCUGUUGCCAUUCAUCAUUGCUGGGUUGAAGGGGCCUUUUGAGGAAGAGGAUACCCUUAUUGUCAAGGAAAAGUGUCCUCUUCAUAUCAAGAAGAAGGAAUGGAGGUCCCUGGCGGGGAAACCACAGGCGUUCCUUAAGCUCCUCGAUGUUGGCUAUGUUAAGAACCUCCGUCAGGCCGGAAGGGCUUUUGAGAAAAUGGUAUUAACGGGUUCAAAGCAGGUAUUUAGAUGGGAGAAGGAAGGGCUUGAUACACAAACGGACGGCUGGGAGUCGUUGCUCUGUCAGGUGGAUGACGUGGCUGACUAA